AUGGCCAAAAGAGGUACUAAUCAAACUACAAGAGAAGGAAAUUUAUUUGCCCCUACUUCUAGUCCAAUGAAGAACAUCUUAGUCCGGGAGAACAGUGCCAUAUUCAAUUCAUCAAUGUCCAAUACGUUCGGACGCCUUUCAGAUUCAAGACUUCAGAAUGAUUCUUCAAUGGCAACUCCACCCAAAAAGAAUCCAAUCAAAAUAGUCAAUGAACAAGAAUUAUCAAGAGCUUGCCCCGGUGGUACCAAAAUAGCACCUGCUAUAAAUGAAGGUCACGACAUUACUAGGCUGUUUCAUGAUGGAAUCGUAUUUCCAUUAAUUUUUCCAAAACGAAGUGCAACUGACACUCCAAUUCAAAGUAAAUAUCCAUUGAAUGAUCUGGGAAUAUCUUUGAUUAGAAGCUCUCCAAUGAUUCCUAGAGUCAAUUCCACUGAAAUUGAGAUUGAUCGAGCAUUAUUGACUUCUGAAUGUUCGAAUGAACAUGAUAUAUUGCACGUCCAAAAUAUUUAUAGGAAUUUGUAUGGAGAAAGUCCAAAUGCAAGUACUAAUUCUUCUGUGUAUGAUGGUCAAAGCAAGAUGAAUUCCUUAGCUUCUACCACUGAAAGUUCAAGAAACAGUUACUUGUCAUUACACCUACUAAACCAGCGGACAAGAAGAUCAUACCCGAAUAUUCUAAAUGACUUGGAUCCUUCAGAGCAUAUUCAUGCAAAACCCACAGCUGGAAAUGCUAAAAAUAAAGAAGAAAUUUUGUUUAAAAUUGAUAAGGAAGUGAAGAAGAAGGCUCCUGAACUCAAGACUUACAACGUGGUACUAAAAUUAAAAAGAAGGGAUAAAUUAUUGAGUUCUGAGCUGAAAAGUCACACGACAACUGAUAGUAGCACGGGUUCCACCAAGUCUUCUUCUAGUGCCUUCGGCAUGAAGCGGAUCGUUUAUCCAAAUUCAGAUACAGAAUGUGCCCCAAAAAUCGAACAGCUUAUUUACAAGAAGAGAGCAAAUUCAUAUGAUGUAAAUUACAAUCACGAAAAGAAAAGGAAACUUGGAGCAAGAUCCAAAACUGGAUGCUGGACAUGCAGGGUUCGACACAAAGCCUGUCCCGAAGAGAAGCCUGAGUGCAGCCAAUGCAAAAGAUUGCAAUUGUUUUGUGAUUAUUCCGUGACGCGUCCUCCCUAUAUGUAUGAACCCACUUUGCAAGAAAGGAAGCUUAAGGAGAUAAGAAUGAUUACAACUCAGUAUAAGAAGACCACAGUAAGAAGAAAGAAGAGAGAAGAAAGAUAG